GGCCUUCACCCGUUUUGUCCUUUGUCUGCAGGUAUCUGCUCUGCAGGGAAUCCCUUGUCUCGAGGGUUUUAUUUCGCCUUUGAUUGAGGGACGAUCUGUCCCAAGGGGCAUUGUUUCCUAAAGGGAGAGAUAGCCGUAAUCACGUAAGGUCAACUAUAGUCACAUCCGUCAUAAUACUCCGCUCGACACAAGCUCCGUUUACCACCUCUCACGCGAUUUAAGCUCAAAUUCAAAGAGAGCGCGAUACAUACCUUGAGCUAGGCUCAUCCCAAUUGUUAAAUACAGAUCAAUUCGUGUCGCAGGUCGCGCUACGUUACGAUGCCGUCCAUUCUCUCCGACGAGGAUAAGGAGACCGUCAAAAGGACGGUCCCAAAGCCCGCAAACAAGAUUCAUGCCGUCGCCGUCGCGCGUCUCUAUGUGGCCUAUCCGAACCGACACCGAUGGACAUAUUCGGGGCUUCAGGGAGCGGCUGUUCUAGCAAAUGAUCUUGUGGGAAACACAUACUGGAUCAAGCUUGUGGAUAUUUCGCCUUCUAGUCGUGGUGUAAUUUGGGAUCAGGAGAUAUACGAUACAUUCUCUUACAAUCAAGAUCGGACCUUCUUCCAUACGUUUGAGUUAGAAGAUUGCCUCGCUGGCUUGUCCUUUCUCGACGAAAAGGAAGCGAAGCAAUUUAAGAAGAAGAUGGACGAGCGCGAGAAGAAUGCAAGCAAAGCGACGAGGUCCACUCCGUUCAAUAAUGGCGUAACUGCACCCAGCGGACCUAGCGGCAAGAGUCACAGUCGUUUUGGUAUUGGGAGCCUGCUGCACCCGCACAGACAUUCUUCCGCGCCUUCUCAGCCACCAGCACAAUCGAUCAUUCCUCCAAAAGGAUCAACCCCGGUUGAGAGAAGCCCAGCUCGAACAAGAAGCAGUUCCUUGGAUGACGUUGAUCCGACAUGGAAACCAUUGUUGAACGAGUUGAUGGAGAUGGGUAUUACACCUGAUCAAAUCGAGGCGAACUCGGAGUUCAUCAAGUCGUACAUUGAGAGCAAAAUGGCAUCUGGCGAUGCCAAUGGCAUAAAUGGAAACGCUGGCGCAGAUCGGAGAGAAAAGGCACCCCCGCCACCGCCUCCAACUGCUCCGCCUGGUUUGGCUAAGCUCGAUACCAUCAGCCCACAAACUACCGGGAGUACAACAUCUUCUAAGAGAGGACCUCCGCCUGCGCCGCCGCCAGCUCGACGAACACGCCAAGAAGCGCAUGCUAUACCCUCGCCUCCCCCAGCUCCGUCACCGCCGCCAGCCAAAUCCCCGCCUCGACAGCCUUCGCCACCCCGUGGGCCUCCCCCACCGAUGUUCAGGGCUCCGCCGGCCAUUCCAGAUGCUGGAAAAUAUGCACACGCUGAACCGCCAGCGCCUCCUGCACGGCAGCGUGCUACCUCCAAUGCCGCCCUCACAAAUCCUGGCCCACCUCCACCUCCACGGCCACCAAAGACACCUGUCGACGAUGCCGCGGACUCCAAGCCCAGAUUCGGCGUGCCACCUCCUUUCCAGCCCUCAUCCGUCCCACCACCACCCCCUCAAAGGGGGGCUGUUCCACCGCCGCCACCUGCGCGGGACAGCCCAACGAUGCACACGGCACCCCCUCUCGCACCUCCACCUCCACCUUUGCCGGUCAAGUCCCCUACAUCCGCUGCCCCCAUACCGCCGCCACCUCCGCCGCCACCUAUGCCUGGAACCGGUGCAGGAGGGCCACCAGCACCUCCACCACCCCCACCCUUACCAACUGCUGCACGUCCGCCUCCUGCUCCUCCUGCUCCCUCAGGCGGAGCCCCGCCUCCACCUCCAUUGCCACCGGGCCGUGGUCCGCCCGCUCCAGGUGCGCCACCCGCACCUCCCGCGCCCGCGCUUCCUCGACCAGAAGGUGGAAGAGGGAACAUGCUUGCCGAAAUCCGCGGCGCUGGAGGAAUCGGAAGUCUCAAGAAAGUUAGUGACGCCGAGAAGAAUGAUCGCAGUGCAGCGUCAGUUGGCGGAAAUGCGGGUGGAGGCGGUGGCGGUGGAAGCUCAUCGCAACCUACGUCUGGAGCUGGUGGUGGGAUGGCUGGUGCCCUAGCCGCCGCACUCAGUGCGCGCAAAGCCAAGGUCAGCCAAAGCGAUGACGAGGAUGAAGACGACGAUUGGGACGAAGAACCAAGGAGGAGGUGAGCUAAGUCGUCUCUGUUCUGAAAAUGUAAUGUGGAGAUUGUAGGAGGGAUCUCUCGCCGGUGAGACUAGAUUUGGUUCGGCUUUGCUACCUUGCUCUGAUAAGCGCGCAUCUCCAAUUUAUUCCCCGUUUGCUGUUUGGCCCCUGGUAUUACUUCUGUUCAAGGAUAUCACAAGUACCAAGCUUGACGAUUUCUGGGCACAUUCAGCUUCCUUUUACGCUCUUCUUCAUAUUCCCGGUGAAAUUUCGGAGCAUUUUUUAUGUAAUAAAACCAUGAUUACAAGCAUUCUC